CAGUUUAAGGUCUCCGUCAACCCUACACAAAUAUCCGCACUUAUUUCCACGUUUUUUCCUGAGGAGGAGGAAGGAAGCGACCGCUAUACUCUGACCUGGACUAGUCAGCAUGAUUGAUCCGUCAUUCUCCAGUUCUAUCAAUGCAUAUCUUGCAUCAGCCGUCACCUUCCUUCUUGCUUGAGCCCACAUUCAUUGGAAAUACGUUGCUGAUAGAUUGUUCUUAUUCGUCUGUAGUCCAUGAUAGCUGCUGCCGAAAUACAUACAAUCUGGCGGUCCAGCUCACUCAGAACGUCGACGGGCCAUGUCUAGCCUGCUCGUCGUCCUUCUUAUCUCCCUUUCCGAGAUACAAAAGAGUGCCUCUCCCUUCCCGUCUUCAGCCACGUACAAGUGGACAUUUACACUCUACACUGACCCACAAUCGAGAAGAAUUAUUGCGAGCGAACGACGGACAUUUAUCGCCGAGAAGCCUGAGUAAUUUAUUGAGAGCAUCAUUACGCCCCCAUCUAUGUUCUUUCCGUCGACCUAUUCGUGAUUGUCUGGGAACUCGUCCCACGCAGGGUGCACUUUAUGACGGGACUACUUCUCGCCUCGAAUUUGAUGUGGGAGUCCCUUCUGGAGACGAAUCAUGUUUUGAACGCCAACACCAGCCCCCACAUAUCUCAAAACGAUCCAAAGGUGUAGCUUUCAUCGGUCGAAAUCAAUCUUCCUGACCUCAAAAUCAUGCGAGAUCCGGGCGAGCCACACAGCCUCGAGUCGUUGACAUUGUCGUCGAAGGUUCGCCACGACAGCGGCUUCUCGUGACGUACAUAGGGUUUCCCUCCGCUACUUAUCGUUUGGAAGGUCAAUCAAUCUUUUCUGUUGCUCGAAGAAAGCAAGGCUGGCCCAACCUCUGGAUAGGGCGGUCAAUCUCA